GAAAAUUCCAAAGGAAAGAAAACUGUAAACAAUCCUACAGAAGAAGACAUUUCUGAUUCAUUGUCCAAGAAAAAAGUAGAGAUGCCAACCAUUAAACAGAAUCUGAAAAACAUCCAUGUGGAGGCUGAAUUUCUUGAAGAAGAUGUUGAGCAGAUUGAGUCUUUGGAUGAUGAUGAUGAUAAUGGUGAUGAAUGGGCAGAUUUGGAAGAAGCUUCAGAUCUCUCAGAUGAUGAUGGAGUAUGGCAAGAUGUUGACCAAUCCACAGAAAUACUGGAUGAUGGGGAUAAAGAUUCAGCAGACACCACUUUAAAUGAGUCAUUUGAAGACAGUGAUGAAGAUGGUUCUGAUGACAAAGAUGAAGGAGACCUAACUAAACCUCUUUAUAAGAAGCCUGUUUUAAAUGCUUUGAAGAAGAAAUUGCACCAAGCUCAGCUGAGUAAAGGCAUCACGUCUACUAGCGUUGUGCAACCCAAUAGUAGGUCUAGAUCACGUAAAAACAAACAUCCUCCAAUCAUUCCUAAAGAGGAUCAGCCAGAUUUUAAUAGUGACUUUAUUGCUUUCAAUCCAAACAAACCUAUGAAAAAACCUAAAAAGGACAAAGAUGUAUUCAGUAAGAUUUCUAUGAAAGAUGUGUCUGUAGAGAAAGAAAAAUUAAUUGACUUGAAGUCUAAAUCUGGUGUUAAAACAAGUGACACAAAAACUAAGAAUGAAACUAAAAAGACAGCUAGUGGUAAAAUGAUAGUAACAUCAAAUAACGAAGUUGGUACAUCAAGUGGUAGUCAAAUUAUUCCAGAGCCAGCUGAAGUAUUUGAAGUAGAUAAGAAAUGUGCAAGAAAAGUACAGACAACUCAGCCUAGUAUAAAACAACAGAAAAAAUCACCUUGUCAGAAAAGAAAACAUCAACAAGAUCAAGAUACUGAGGAAGAACCCAGUCCUAAAUUAACUAGCAAACAGAGAAGAAGAAGGGAAAAGGCUGAUAAACAAAAUAAAAUUGGUGUGCAUUAUUAUCUGUCUGCUAAUGUUAAAAACAGAAGUAAUAGACGCAGACAAUAAGUUGGUAAAAUAACAGAAAAGUUUUUGUUUUGUUAGUGUAUAAUAUUGUGAUUUAAUAAAACUUAUACAUAGAUUUAAA